AUCUUAUUUUCUAUAUAAACCACGCCCAGAAAGACAUUACACACACCAAUCAAACAAACCAAGAAAAAAAAUUCAAAAGAGAGAAAAGAAAUGGCAAGAAGCAUGAAGCUAGCAUGUGUUGUUUUGGCGAUGUGCAUGUUAGUUGCACCUAUGGCAGAAGCUGCAUUCUCAUGUGCAACUGUAAUGACUGAUCUUCGUCCAUGCCUUACAUAUCUUGAAGCUGCUAAUAAUGCCAGUCCUUCACCCCCAUGCUGUGCAGGAGUGAAGAAUCUUCAGGCCGCCGCCCCCACCGUUGCUGAUCGUCAGGCUGCCUGUAACUGCUUGAAAUCAACUGCUGGUGCUAUUUCUAAUUUGAAUGCCAACAAUGCUGCUGCUCUCCCUGGUAAAUGCGGUGUGAACAUCCCUUACAAGAUCAGUGCCUCCACCAACUGUAACACCAUUAGGUUUUGAAGAUGAUGGCGCGGUUUAAAGAAUGUCUUAUGGAAACUUCUCACUAGUAUAUGAGAGUGCCAUGUGAUGCUAUUAUUAAGAAUAAUAUGUAAUGAGAGUGAUAAAGACUCAUCUUAUAUGUGGUCCUAUCCUCUUGUUGUACUAGACUAUGUAUUGGAUUGUCUCUACUUCAUGUGUCCUUGUAUCUAGGGUUUUAGAAAACCAUAUGCGAUUGCGACGGCCACGACGACUCAAAUCGCAACGCUACCGUGACUUUUUUUAAUACAUUGCUUGUAUCAAUUUACCUAAUAUUGAAAUAUUUCAAUUGGGUUUUA